UACACCAGACAUCCCACUCGUCAACGCUCGAGCAAGCGCCGCUGAAGCGACUAAAAGCCCCGCCGAGGUUGUUACGAACGGCCACGCCCCGUGAGCCGCAGCUUGUCGAUCCAGUCCGGCUGUUUCGCUUCUAUAACUUAUGACGAAUGUCCGAGUGGUCCUCCUUAUUGACGCAUCUAUGGAGACUGCAGCUGCUCUGAGUAGCCUCGCAUGUGAUGCAAUGGUGAAGCCAAUUCUGACCCGACUUGAAGCUCUCCACAACGGCAGCGAUCUUCAAAUGGCUUUUGUCACUUAUUCGUUCCCUUCGAGCCCCAGCGGUUCCAAUGGAUAUGGAUCCAUUGCUUGUGAUAAAUUUAGACCCUUUUCAGAGUCUUACAAUAUCCUUCGCAACCAGCCACUGCUGAUCGGCCUCGCCCGCAUCUCGAACGUCGAGGGAGAUUCCAUGGCGCUCAUUGACGCGUUUAUUCAAGCUUUAAAGUUCUGUGAUGCAGAGUCUCCCCCUUAUAGCUCAAGCUACCCGACCUUCCACUUUAUCAUCAUCACUUCACAUCCUCCUCAGAUCACUCGCCGUCCGCCGCCCCGGGCCCAGAAGGGGUUGGAUUGUCUCGUAUGGGAGCAAGUGCCCAUUGCUCUACAACAAAGAAGCGUGAAUCUCAGCCUUAUUCAGACAAAUUCGCACCCCAUAUUACCUCAACUAUUGAGCCAGACAAUGGAUUCAUCGCGCUUCACGAGACCAUGGUUCCCAACUGGGCCAUAUCUCGUGAAGCUUGCAGGGAUGGAUAUCUCUGAUGACCGUGAAGGACGGGGAAGUACGACGAUAACCACUGUUCAAAGCGCAUCCAGUCCUAGGGGGACAAAGAGAAGGCAUGUAGAGGAAGAUGGAUCAACGAGCAUGUAUAGUUUUUCCGAUGAUCAGAAUAAACGUCCUCGUCAAGCAAGCCCAUCCAAACUACCCCCGAACCCACCCACAAUGCCCCAAGGUACCAUUGCUAAUUCGAGGGCUAUUGGUCCCGUCCAUCUGCAGCGCCACCUCCUGGGUUUGGUGCAUUUAUUUCGACUUCCCAUCCGACCUUCUUCUCGGGGAACCCCUAUACUCGUUCUGAUAUCCUUGGUCAGCCCAUGGGACUGCUUCCUACCUCGCGUCUCCCGGAUAAUAUCGGGGCUUCGACCAGCCAGUAUCAACCCCUCGCAAUCUCUUUUUCGAAUCCUUCCUCUCCUGCAUCUGCCAUACAAGACCAGUGGUUUGACUCAUUCUGCCGGCAGAGCAGUGCGGAGUCUGCUCCAAGUGGGGGAAUCCAGGGACCAUUUCCACCGGAAGAUGCCGUUGCCCACGGAGCCCCAAUCAAUCUGCUUGACAUUAAUCAUCCCGCCAGCGCUGGCAUCCAUCCGAUGAGUGUGGUAACAAACAAUGUCCAAGCCUGGGCCGCUUUCCGGAUGCUGGAUCAUAUUUCGACUCCGAUAAAUGAUCCAGGGUCAGGGUCGUCGAUCACCCCUCAGCCAGGCACUGGUCAUCCUUCCUAUCAACUUGCUCAUAGCUUGUUACAAUCCCCUGGCAGUCACCAUCACCGCCCAAUCAUCUCACGUCAGCCCGAGAACCGAACAGCCUCAUCUGAACAGAAUAGGGUCUAUUCACC